AUGGAGAACUCAAAUUUAAUAGAAAAUACACCUCAAGAAGAUGAGAUUAUGGUGGAAGAAAAUGAGGUGGAGAAAGAAGUUGUGGAUAUAAAUGAUGAUAAAGAUGAUAAUACAAUAGAAGGAGAUGAUGGAGAGGAAGAUAAAGAAGAAGGAGAUGAUGGAACUACAAAGCUUCAAUGCAUACAUUGCAAGACUUUUCUUGCUAAGACGCCUACUGGCACAACAUCUCAUCUUUGGAAUCACUUGAAGAGGUGUUUGCAAAAGAAGCUUCACUUGAAGAAGCAAAAGACGUUGCAAUUUCAGCCUGUGAAAUCCAAGUUUGAGAUGAAUCCUUUAUCUGAUGGCAGAUAUGAUCACAUGAAGCAGAGAGAGGCCGUUGCCCAUUGGAUUUUAAUGGGUGAGCAACCAUUUAAUGCUGUGGAGAAUGAUGGUUAUACUUUCAUAAUGAGUAUGAACCAACCCCAAUUUGAGAAGAUUUCUCGUGCCACAGCAAAAAAAGAUGUCAUUAAUGUUUAUAACAUUGAGAAGAAAAAAAUGCAGUUGACAUUGAAAGAUAUCAAUAAGAUUUCAUUGACCACUGACAUUUGGAAGUCAAAGGUGCAAAAGAUUUCUUAUAUGUGUGUCACUGGUCACUUUGUUGAUUCAGAGUGGCAACUUCAGAAGCGGCUUCUUAGCUUCAUACCUCUUCCUCCUCCACAUGGAGGUGUUGAUAUCUAUGAUGGGCUUAUAAAGUGCACAAAGGAUUGGGGAAUAGAGCACAAGGUUUUCACCAUCUCUGUGGACAAUGCCUCAAACAAUGAUGUGGCAAUUCGAAUUGCUAAAGAAACAUUCUCUAGGAGCCGUAAAUUGCCAUUGGAAGGUCAGUUGUUUUAUGUUCGGUGUACUGCACAUAUAUUGAAUCUCGUUGUUCAAGAUGGUCUUCUUGCGAUUAAGAAAAUCAUUGAAGAUGUCAAAAAUAGCGUGAGAUUUAUUAACCAAUCAGAGUCUAGGUUGAACAAAUUCUCUGAUGUUGUGCACCACUUAGGAAUUUCUGUGAAAAGGUUGAUCAUUGAUUGUCCAACUCGUUGGAAUUCUACAUAUGAGAUGUUACUUGAGGCAUAUAGAGUUAGAGAUGCAUUUCCUAUAUUUCAACAAAGAGAGCCUUCAUACCGCUGUUGUCCUAGCAUUCUUGAUUGGAUGAAAGUGAAGGAUGUUGUUGACAUUUUAGAGGAAAAUCAUGUUGAUGAGUUCAUUAAAGUAAUGAUUAAAAAGAUGAAGGAAAAAUUUGACAAAUAUUGGGGAAGUUGCAAUCUUUUGAUGGCUAUUGGAGCAAUACUUGACCCUAGGUUCAAAAUGAGGUUGGUUGAUUUUGCUUUCCAUAAGAUAUAUAAUGAGAUUGAUGCACGUGCAAAUAUUAUGAAGGUUCGAGAUGCAUUGUAUAACUUAUACUUUGAGUAUGUUGAAGUUGAUAAUGCAAAAUCUCAGAAGGGUACUACUUCAGAAAGAUGUUCUGCUACAUGCACAAGCUCCACAUCUCAAGGAAAAUUAGUGCCUAGUGGUUUGUCUAUGUUUGAUGAGUAUCUAGACACUGUUGAGGUGAAUGGUCCUUUGAAAUCGGAGUUGGACAUUUACUUGGAUGAAGGGGUUGUUAGAAGUCAAGAUGGGGACGGAGCUGUAUCCUCUGAGUUUGAUGCAUUAGCUUGCUUGUGA